UCUGUAACAGAAGGUUUAUUGGGUCUACUGGCAUCUAAACUACACAUCCCAAAAUGCCAUUCGUGUCUAGUGCGCGUGUAUUAGACGUUUGCAGAGGGAGUUGAAUUUCACGUAGAUAGCUAGGCUAGCUAGCUUGCUAUAGUUUGCCGUUGAAGCGCAGUUUGUAAUUUUAUCCAUAACAUUCUCCAGAUUUUUACAGUAUGAGUAACGUUGGUUUUUCGGCUGUACGGGGGAGCACUUCUGAGGGACCUGAUAAGGUUGACAUGUCUUUAGAUGAUAUCAUUCGUCUGAACAAGAAAGAGCAACAAGCACGGAGGCCAGGCCCGGGGAACCGCAGGCCAUUACAGAAAGGAAAGGGCUUUGUACAAGGGAAACCAGUUGGAGCGAGAGCUGGAGGACAGACCCAAAGAGGAGGUGGUGUAGCAAGAAGGGGGGUAACGAGAGUGGGUGUUGGAAGAGGCCGGAAGAUUCCCCCUCUGGUUGGUCAAAGCCGGGGUCAAGGGGUUAUCACUGGACUGGCGGCCCGGAAGACGGCAGCCGUACAGAAAGGAAUCAGUCCACUCAACCGACCGACUGUCAACCAGAAGUCACGGCCCUUCAACAACCAACCGCGGCCCUUCAACAACCAACCGCGGCCCUUCAACAACCAACCGCGGCCCUUCAACAACCAACCGCGGCCCUUCAACAACCAAUCGUGGCCUUUUAUCCAAUCAGCCCAAUUCAGACAGACGCAAGGCCAGAGGAGGCCGUACAGACAGACAGACGUACAGAGAGGCCCCAACACGAUGACACAGACGAGACCCGUUCAGCUGCGGGGACGGCCUCUGCCCCCUGUCCAUCAAACCCAGAGAGAAGCUCGCCAGGCCACGUUUCUCUUCCACAGGGGCCUCAAGGUUCACGCCCAGGUGCAGAAGCCAGCUCCAACAUCUCUACCCCCUAUUCCAGUUAGAUCUCACCAAUGGCGCACGUCAACAAACAGCAGUGGGAUCCUGACCGUUUCCAUCGACAACCCAACUGCCACCAUGACGCAGCCUGAGCCUCCCAGUGCUUGGUCCCUGCACCCCUCGGCACCCAUCAGCCCGUCCCCAGUCAAGGUGGAGGAGGAGAAGAAACCAGUACCCCCUAAAGGAGUCCCCCUGCAGUUUGACAUCAACAGCGUGGGGAAACAGCAGACGGCGCUGACUUUGAAUGAGCGAUUCCGCAUCCUGAAAGACCAGCGCAUCGCCACUGCGCAGACCAGCAAAGGCAGCCGAUUCGUCACCGUGGGUUAAUCCAACGAUACGAAGGAAGCCUUUGUGUUCCACUCAGACAGACACGCACUCUGACCCACACUUAUCUAAUUUGCUGGAACCAUUCAAAAGGUCCCUGCACUGAUCUUAAGCUGAUUCUCCUGAGUGACUUUCCUCAUGGAGCAGCAGAAUGAGAUACACAAAGUGCACUACUCCUCAAAUGUGAGAACUAUAUACGGGUGCAGUUAUUGUGGAAUAUAUAUUUUUUUUGUACCAUGAUAGGACACUCAUUAUUCAUAACAAUGUAUACUGAACAAAAAUAUAAACGCAACAAUUUCAAAGAUUUUACUGAGUUACAGUUCAUAUAAGAAAAUCGGUCAAUUUUAAAUAAGUAAAUUAGGCCCUAAUCUAUUGAUUUCACAUGACUGGGCAGGGGCGCAGUCUGGGGAGCCAGGCCCAACUAAUCAGAAUGAGGUUUUUCCCCACAAAAUGGCUUUAUUACAGACAAAUACUCCUCAGCUUCACCAGCUGUCCGGGUGGCUGGUCUUGGACAAUCCCGCAGGUGAAGAAGCCAGAUGUGGAGGUCCUGAGCUGGCUUGGUUACACGUUGUAAGGCCGAUUGGAGGUCCUGCCAAAUUCUCUAAAACUACGUUGGAGGCGGCUUAUGGUAGCGAAAUUAACAUUAUGUUCUCUGGCAACAGCUAUAGAUUACAUUCCUGCAGUCAGCAUGCCAAUUGCAUGCUCCCUCAACCUGAGACAUCUUUUGGCGUGUUCUGUGACUGCAAAUUGUAGUUUUUUUUUUUUUGUCCCCAGCACAAGGUGCACCUUUGUAAUGAUCAUGCUGUUUAAUCAGAUUCUUGAUAUGUCACACCUGUCAGGAGGAUGGAUUAUCUUGGCAAAGGAGAAAUGCUCACUAACAAGGAUGUAAACAAAUUUGUGCACAAAAUUUGAGAAACAUUUUGUGAAAAUUGAACAUUUCUGGGAUCUUAUUUCAGCUCAAGAAACGUGACCAUAGCUUUACAUGUUGCGUUUGCAUUUUUGUUCAGUGUACUUAGCUGUUGUCUUCAGGAGCUUCAACAUUUGUCUGGAUGUAAAGGAAAAUCCCUUUUCUCACAAGGAGUGCAGCUGUGGGAGUUGUACUGAAGGACAUUGGAAGAAUGUUUUUCAAUACGGAUGUUGCUUUGUGCCAGAAGGAAAGGGUUUUGUUUAGUGUCUUUUUAUUAAAUUCUUUUUUUUAUUGAUGGGACAUUUUUUAAAUACUAUUUGUUUUGUUUCAAAUAAAGAAAUGUGGGACUUUGUUUCCCUCUCUAGCUAGA